CACGGCAGCAGGUGUCAAUAAUGAAGCUUCUGCCAUUGUUUGCCGCCUUUUUUCAUAAAAACCAGCAUCUUCUACGCUCUCAAUGGCGGCACAAGAGCUUUUAUUUCGCUACGUGGCCGUAGCUGUUCAAUGGACUUUUAGUAAAGGACUCACCUGCUGGCGUUCAAUUGAGCGCCGUUGCCUCGUCAUAACGGGAAGGAAGAAAGCAACAUGGCCGACGAGGACUCUGAGGUUUAUGUUACAUUUCCACAUUUAAAGGAGCUGGAAGGUAAAGUUGGCAGGAAAACACCUGAAAGUCUUCUGCUUUGGAUGAGGGAGGACGUGGACUCGGACGUCGGCGAGACAGAGGACCGGCGCCAUCCUCCUGAUGAUCUUUCCUCCAAAUUGAGCAUCUUAAAGCAAGAAAUGAGAUGGUUGCGUUCCGCAGAUGUGAGGAUUCUGCGCCAGCUGGUGUCCGUGCACGAGGGCAUCGAGGCCAUGCGUUGGUUGAUGCUGGAGCGUGCCACCCUGGCCAGCUGUGACAGCAGUUUGACAGGAAGUCUGAGCAGCCUGGUGACGGCGGAGGAGCAUGGACCUUCAAUAUCGCCAUGCAGGGACAUUCCAAGGUCAACCUACCCUGAAAAUCCGCCUGGAAGCUUUAACGGAGAAUCAUCAGAUGGCGCUCUACACGCCCCCGCUGAUCAUUCAGACCGGGGUAGCGCUGAAGAAAGCCCGAGCAAUUUCUCAGACUCGCAGGGUCCGUGCUCCGACACUCUGCCAUCACUUGGCAUAAAAACAUGUGCCGAUCCCAUCGGCGGCGUUUUACUUCAACGCACGACUACGCCGAGAGACGUACGCGCUGAUGAGAAGUUGCAAGUGACACAUGUUGACACAACAGAAGAGGAUGAGAAGAUGGCUACUCUGUUCGGUUAUGACGCCCGGUGGUGCUGGGUAGAAUCACGAGAUGAUGUGACAUAUUUAUGACUCAAUGUGUCCUAUCACAACUAUGCAGAUCAGUGGGCCCCAACCACCGGUCCGUGACGUAUUUGCAACCGGGCCGCACAGAAACAUGAAUUGAUUUAUAAACUACCGUAUUUCUUUGAAUUGCCGCCGGGUAUAUAGUAUUCGCCUGCCUAGAACUACUGCUGUGUCAAACCGGUUUCGCAAAAAUAAUUAGCGCAUGAUUAGAAUUUCCGCCGGGUCAAACUCGUCACGUCACGAGUGACACUUCACCUGUCAUCAUUUUCAAAAAGGAGGAGGCUGAUUUCAAUCAUUUGAAAUCUCAUAAAGGGAAGAUUAAGAGCUAUUCAGUAGGAUUUAAGGUCCAAGCUAUUAAAUAUGCUUAAAAGAACAGUAAGCAGCUUGGUUUUAUUGAUAUACCGUAGCUGCGUGUGUCAAAUAUGAGUCAUUAAAUGACUCCCGCCUCCUGGUGGUAGAGGGCGCUAGUGAUCCUUCUUGCGACUACUCUGCUGCAGAAGAAGUGACAACAAGCAGCAAGAGUGAGCAGCGAUCGUUUAUUUUUUCCUCUCGCUUGCACUUUUAACAUGGAGAAUUACAUAUCUAAAAUAAAAAAGUUUUCUAAACUGGACUUUCAAUCGAAGCAGGAGGUAAUAAAGGAAGAUCUCCAUCGAGACAGAGAGACUUUUAAAACUGAAGAAAGAUAAGGAAGACUUCUAUAAACAAGUUAUCGAUGCUGUUUAUAAGAAGGAGCUGCGCAUGGACUUUAUUUAUAAGUAAAGGUAAGACCAUAAUAACGUUUUUUUUUAUCAAAUGUGCUUUUCAUGAUGGUAUCCUUACAUCACACUCAGUUAUAAGCGCAGGCCUAAAUUUACCGCAUGCCUUUGGUAAGCGCCGGAGUGAGAAGAUGUUUUAAAAUAAUUAGCGCAUGCUUGCCUUUACCGCAUGCCUUUGGUAAACGCCGGACUGAGAAGAGGUUUUAAAUUAAUUAGCGCCCCGGCAGCAAUUCAAGGAAAUACAGUAACACAUUUUCUCCAACUUAACUACCGUCUGUCCCACCAAACACAGCAAUAAGCUUGUUUAUAGAUGUAUAUUACAACUCCUGACAGGAAGUCGCCAUUUGUUACAGUACAUUAAAUGCACAUUAAUGAACAUAUACAACGGUAAUGUGUCAGGUUGUAGCCUUAAUAGUUUUAUUUUCAUAUGCAGGGUCAUUGUAUACAGCAGGUGUUCUUAAUCUGUUUGACCUACACUACAGAGGCAUGCGGGGCCCACUCCAAGAUUAAAACUGAGUUAGUAAUCUUACUCAUGAUUUGAUCAUAUAAACAUCUUAAGGCCCAUGCUGUUUGUUUAAAUGCUUAUUUUAAUUUUUAUUUGCUAUUUGGGCUUAUUGGAUCCUAAUUAGAAUAAAAAGUAAGAUUUUGA